GACAACUGUGUCGCGCACUCGACAGUUGUAUCGCGCACUGUGAGGUUAUAGCGCGGAACUUUAUCAAAGUGGGGUUUGGAGCAUCAUUAAAAUAUUUACUGCAUGGACAACCUCGCCACAUCGUUUCAAGCUCCGUUUCUACUAUCUUAAUAACUCGUCUCGUCUCGCGUCUCGUACUUCAGUUGUUGUUCCCAACACUGAGUGUACUUUCUACAUCCGUAUCCACCCAUUCAACCACGUCCUUCCCAUCCACAAGAUGUUGAGUUGUGGGGGCGCUAGUGCUGAUAGACUUCAGGCUGGUAUGCGUGGUGCUUGGGGCAAGCCCCUAGAACAGAGUCCCGAGACGAGCGCUUUGGGCUGCGGGAUUUAUUUGGUCCUCGCCACCGACGCCUCGUAUGCAAUGCCAGCAGCUGUGACGAUUCGCAGUGCCGUCGAGAAGACCGCAGGACGUAUCACGAUUUACGUUGUGGACUGCGGACUUCACGUGGAAGACAAAGAAAAGAUCGAGACCUCACUUCCCGAACGGCACGAUGUUACCCUAAUAUUUCUGGAUCUUCCAGCCGAAAGUCUAGCUGCUGAGCUAGGAGCAAUCUGGGCGAAGGUUGAUAUGAUGAAGAUCUUGCCAGUGGAGCGGGUUUUGUACCUGGACGCGGACAUGCUGGUGCGCAGGAGCCUGGAGGAGUUGUGGAACACUGAUUUGGAGGGCUCGUCGAUUGCUGCGGCGACGGAUGUUGGAUACCCAAUGGGUCAUGAUGGUGUCCCACGUAGGCCAUAUUUCAACGCAGGCAUGCUCCUGCUUGACCUAGCAAAGGCAAGAGAACGCCUGUCGGAGCUUGAGAUUCGGGUGAGCGAGAUGAAAAAUGCUCAAUUUCAUGACCAAGACGUGCUGAAUGAGCACUUUGCUGGCGACUGGGCUGAGGUGAGCCUCAGCUGGAAUGCGCAGGGACUUGGCACAUAUGCAGAGGCUAGCUCGGCUGAUAGAGAUGCUUUGACAUUGGGAACCAUGAAGGAUCCUGGAGUCGUGCAUUUUACAGGGCCGGUUCAUCCUGACCUUGAGAUGGUGCUGAACCCGUGGGUGCAGCCAUACACGUCCAAGCCUUGGGGCUAUGCAGGUGCACCAGGGCACCCAUUUAAAAACGAGUGGUGGGGUGUGUUGAAUGAGACGGCAUGGGCAGGGUGGCAAGGAUCGACACAAUACUAUGAGAUGUGUGAGGGAGAGAAAAAGAAAGCAAUUCACAAUUCGAUCACGAAGUUCGAGACUCGAGUACAGUAUCAGUGAACGGUUCGACGCCUUCAUUUUGUAUAUCGUUUACACCUGUAAUAAGUACUGGGGAGUUUGUAUGCAAUGAUUGCAAUAAAAAUAUUCGGUUCGUUUGUAGUAUUACGGACAGUGGAAGAUAUCAUGUGACUUGGGCUCUCAACUUGAACUUAACUCCUCUACCUCCCCAUACAUCGACGUGUCAGCUCUCGGCAGCAUCCUGACUCAGCGUGCAGUGUUUCGAGCGAGACCCGCUCUGCGCAUACAAUAUAUACGGUGUCCCCCCGCUAGAUAUGUUGGGGACGGAGAUUUUCCUGGUCAGGCCAACCAUGUCUAAUCUCACCGCGGUGUCGCCAUUGUUUUCUUUGCUGAAAU